CGCAGGCGCUGAGUUUUGGAGUUUUCCCCUCACCCGGGCGGCUGUCAGAAUUCAAACAUAGCAACCUUUUUGGCACUUGUCCCGUUGGUUCAAUAGCACUAGGCACUAUUGUUAAACUGAGAAAAUGUGCGAGCAGUACUGCGACAAGUUUGAGACCUUCAAUCCGGAGGUGGAGUUUGCCAAGUUCCAAAAACGCAAGCCCGUCGUGAGGACUGCCCAGCUCUAUGAGAAUCUGCACAAGCGGGAGGACAUCAAGUGUCCCUAUAGCUUCAAGGGUUAUGGCGUGGAAACGGACUCGAACACAAUGUACCGCACUUGCAACUCGGAAUAUGGUUACUAUGCACCCAAUGCCUAUACUAUCCCCAAACGCUUCUAUCCUCUGCCCCAGAAUUUCUCCAACGAAGUCGUUCGCUUUGGCAUGUAUCGCAAUUUCUCCCUAAACACGCACAUGGAUCGCACCUUCUACUAGGUUAUGGUUUAUCUCCAAAUUAAAUGGAAGCCUUUUAUCACGCUCAAAUCGUUUCCAGCUUUGUACACCAUUCUAUGGUUUUCUAUGCAAUUCAAAAAUUGUACGCUGGUCAACAAGUGAUAAAUUUAUUUCUGAACAUUUUCCUUAACUUAAAGCAACCUUAAAGAAAUCUAUCAAUAACAAAUUUCAAAAUGUAAUGUUGAAAAAGCCAAAAAAAAAUAAAUACAAUUUCAAGAAAACACUCAAACGUCA